AUGGACCUGACAGGAAUUUUUGAGGCUGAAAACAUCCAAACUGGGUCAGAACUUGGCCGGCCCCUUAUCUUCACCCUUCCCAGACUCUUUUAUGCCUGCUCGUUACGCGGCUGGGGUUCAGGGCGUGUGAAACACGCGGGCCCUCCCACCAUCCGCAGCAGCAAUGCCACGUGCGGGCCCGCAGCCGGAGGGCACCCACAGAGACCGAGAGGGCCACUGUUGCUUCAUUUCCGCGAAGCUGUCUUUACGCUGGGAAGCCUGCCUCUGCUUUCGGCCUUCCGGGUCCCCUGCCUGGGCUGGGAGUCCGGGGGGGGGGGCUUUACUUGGGCUCCUGCUUGUCCCUGCGCUCACUUGAGGACACGGUCACGGCAGAAGAAAGUGCCUUUGGCUCCUUCGCGGACCUGCUGGUGGCCACGCACGCCCUCGUGGCCGGACCUGCGCAGCCGGGCGCGGCUCCUGCUGCUUUUUCUGUCGCUGGCCGACCUGCUCUCGGCUGCCUCCUACUUCUACGGGGUUCUGCAGGACUUCGAGGGCUCCUCGUGGGACUGCGUGCUGCAGGGCGCGGUCUCCACCUUCGCCAGCACCAGCUCCUUCUUCUGGACAGUGGCCAUCGCCCUCUACCUGUACCUCAGCAUCGUCCGCUCCAUGUGCGGGCCCGAGGCCCGCCGCCUGCUCUGGGUUUUCCACAUCGUCAGCUGGGGGGUCCCGCUGGUCAUCACCGUAGUAGCCGUGGCUCUAAAGAAGAUCGGCUACGACGCCUCAGACGUGUCCGUGGGCUGGUGCUGGAUCGACCUGGAGGCAGAGGACCGCGUGCUGUGGAUGCUGCUGACCGGCAAGCUGUGGGAGCUGCUGGCCUACGUCACGCUGCCCAUGCUCUACCUGCUCAUCCGGAAGCACAUCAGCAGAGCGCACGCAGCGCUCUCUGAGUACCGGCCCAUCAUCUCCCAGGCGCAGCAGCUUCAGCGCCAAACAUCCGUGGCCGAUAAGAAACUGGUCCUGAUCCCGCUCAUCUUCAUUUUCCUCCGGGUCUGGAGCACCGUGCGCUUCAUCCUGACCCUCUACGGCUCCCCAGUGGUGCAGUCGCCGGUGCUGGUCGUUCUGCACGGUAUCGGGAACACGUUUCAGGGAGGUGCCAACUGCAUCACAUUCGCCCUCUGCACGCGCCCUGUCCGCACCCGGCUCCUCUCUCUCUGCUGCUGCUGCCCUUCUCAGCCCCCCGCCCAGAGCCCUCCCAAGGCAGCGGCGCCCUCCCAGACAGGCCAGGCCCAGCGACCCACGCGGACCCCAGGCGAACUUCUGUGCACCUGAGCUUCUCCCUUCCUAGAUCUGUGCAUGGGUGCUGUGACCUGGGGCCCAGCGGUCUGAGCGCCGGCUGCAGGGAGCGGGCGUGGGUGUCGGUGCGCUGCCGGCCUUCCGCUAGCCAAGCUCUUGACCCCGCCAGGGAGCAGCGCAAACUCAGCUUCUUCUACCUCCUCGACCCUCAGGCGCACAUGCCCCUCACACUGCAUCCUUCUGCACCCGGGGGUAGUCGUCUGCGUAGGGUUGGCACUGAGAUUCAGGGAAACUAGAGGUAUGUGAUCAUUAUCAGGGCACCUUGUGGUCCGGGGGUCCUCGGCCUCAUGACCACGCAGCACUGUUUACAAUUUGAGGGACCCACACCUGUGGGAAGAGCAUGAAGAGACUUGUACACUGUGCACCAUCCUAAAUAAAAUGUCGGGGGGACCAGAGAUGUGCCCCCAACCAGA